CAGGACUCGGGUGCUGUCAGAGCGGGUGUGAGCUCAGCUGGUGGCAGAGGACACCUGUAGCUGCGGGAGCUUGCCGAGGGACUCCGAGGCUCGUGAGCAGGGACCCGCGGUGUGGGUUAUGCUGGGGGCUUGGAUCGCUGUGGAUAAGCGGACAAGUAAGAUAACGCCAUGGGGGACUGGCAGGAGAAUCAUGAAGAGGGGCUGGAGGACGUUCUAGAACAGGAGGAGUAUGGAGACCCAGAUGUCCCUGUGGUUCAAGUGGAGGAGCCAAUAGCUGACCACGCUGAGCCAACAGCCACAGACUACGAAACGGCCACAGACCCAGACGCCACAUCGCACGCAGGCACCCACGAGGCGUACGUGGAGCUUCAGGAACUGGUGAUGGAUGAGAAGAACCAGGAGUUGCGGUGGAUGGAGGCGGCACACUGGGUGCGGCUGGAGGAGAACCUCAGGGAGGACGGGGUCUGGAGCCGCCCGCACCUGUCCUACCUCACUUUCUGGAGCCUCCUGGAGCUGCAGAAAGCCUUUGCCAAGGGUACGGUCCUCCUGGAUCUGCCGGAGACCUCCCUGGCAGGAGUGGCCAACCAGCUGCUGGAUGGGUUUAUCUACGAGGAGCAGAUCCGGCCUGAGGCCCGAGACCAGCUGCUCCGGGUCCUGCUGCUCCAACACAGUCACGCCGGAGACCUGGAGGCCCUGGGCGGUGUGAAGCCCGCGGUUCUGACGCGUUCUGGGGACCCCUCCGAGCCUCUGCUCCCGCAGCACCCCUCUUUAGAGACACAGCUCUUCUGCCAACAGGGACAGGAGGGCACAGAAGGGCAUUCGCCAUCUGGAAUUCUGGAGAAGAUUCCCCCAGAUUCAGAGGCCACCCUGGUGCUUGUGGGCAGAGCAGAAUUCCUGGAGCGGCCGGUGCUGGGCUUCGUGCGGCUGGAGGUGGCCACAGAGCUGGAGGCUGUGCAGCUCCCGGUGCCUGUGCGCUUCCUCUUCGUGUUGCUGGGACCUGAGGCCCCCAACACUGAUUAUACCCAACUUGGUCGGGCUGCGGCCACUCUCAUGUCCGAGAGGGUGUUCCGCGUGGAUGCCUACAUGGCCCAGAGCAAGGCGGAGCUGGUCCGCAACCUGGAGGGCUUCCUGGACUGCAGCCUGGUGCUGCCUCCCUGCGAGGCUCCCUCUGAGCAGGCACUGCUCAGUCUGGUGCCAGUGCAGAAGGAGCUGCUGCGGAGACGCUACUCUCAAAGCCCUGCCAAGCCCGAGCCCGGCUUCUACAAGGGCCUAGAUUUGUACGGGGCUCCAGGGGCCCCUGGUGGGCCAGAUGACCCUCUGCAGAGGACAGGCCUGCUUUUUGGGGGCCUGGUGCGUGACAUCCGGCGCCGCUACCCCUACUACCUGAGUGACAUCACAGACGCGUUCAGCCCCCAGGUCCUGGCCGCUGUCAUCUUCAUCUACUUUGCUGCCUUGUCACCUGCCAUCACCUUCGGUGGCCUCCUGGGAGAAAAGACCCAGAACCUGAUGGGGGUAUCGGAGCUGCUCAUCUCCACGGCGGUGCAAGGCAUUCUGUUCUCCCUGCUCGGGGCUCAACCCCUGCUUGUGGUUGGCUUCUCGGGACCCCUGCUUGUGUUUGAAGAAGCCUUUUUCUCGUUUUGCAUGAACAACAACCUGGAGUACAUCGUGGGCCGUGUGUGGAUCGGCUUCUGGCUUGUCCUGUUCGUGGUGCUCAUAGUGGCCUUCGAGGGCAGUUUCCUGGUCCGCUUCAUCUCCCGCUACACCCAAGAGAUCUUCUCCUUCCUGAUCUCCCUCAUCUUCAUCUACGAGACCUUCGUCAAGCUGAUCAAGAUCUUCCAGGACCACCCGCUGCAGAAGCAUUAUGACCACAAUGUGACAAUGGUGCCCAAACCUCAGGCUCCCCUGCCCAACACAGCCCUCCUCUCCCUUGUACUCAUGGCUGGCACCUUCUUUCUCGCCAUGAUGCUACGCAAGUUCAAGAACAGCUCCUACUUCCCUGGCGUGCUGCGACGGAUCAUUGGGGACUUCGGGGUCCCCAUCUCCAUUCUGAUCAUGGUCAUUGUGGAUUUCUUCAUUGAGGACACUUACACCCAGAAACUCAGCGUGCCUGAAGGCCUCUCCGUGUCCAACCCCUCAGCCCGGGGCUGGGUCAUCCACCCAUUGGGCUUGUAUGCGCCUUUCCCCAUCUGGAUGAUGUUCGCCUCCGCCCUGCCGGCCCUGCUGGUCUUCAUCCUCAUCUUCCUUGAGUCCCAGAUCACCACGCUGAUUAUCAGCAAACCAGAGCGCAAGAUGGUCAAGGGCUCUGGCUUCCACCUGGACCUGCUGCUGGUCAUAGGCAUGGGCGGUGUGGCUGCGCUCUUUGGGAUGCCCUGGCUCAGUGCCACCACUGUUCGUUCUGUUACCCACGCCAACGCACUCACGGUCAUGGGCAAGGCCAGCGCCCCAGGGGCUGCAGCCCAGAUUCAGGAGGUCAAGGAGCAGCGGAUCAGUGGGCUCCUGGUCGCUGUGCUCGUGGGUGUGUCCAUCCUCAUGGGGCCCAUCCUGUCCCGCAUCCCCCUGGCUGUGCUGUUUGGUAUCUUCCUCUACAUGGGGGUCACGUCCCUCAGCGGCAUCCAGCUCUUCGACCGCGUCUUGCUCCUGUUGAAGCCGUCCAAGUACCACCCGGAUGUGCCCUACGUCAAGCGGGUGAAGACCUGGCGCAUGCACCUGUUCACGGUCAUCCAGAUCAUCUGCCUGGCAGGGCUGUGGACGGUGAAAACCUUCCCCGCCACCUCGCUGGCCUUGCCCUUCGUCCUCAUCCUCACGGUGCCUCUGCGCCGCCUCCUGCUACCCCUCAUCUUCAGGAAGCUGGAGCUCCAGUGUCUGGAUGCUGAUGAUGCCAAGCCGACCUUUGAUGAAGAGGAAGGUCGGGAUGAGUACAACGAGGUGACCAUGCCCGUGUGAAGGGAAGACAUGGGCUUCCGAACUCCCUCCACCCUCCCACUUCCCCACACUCCCAGGAAAAGCAGAAGUUCAUGGGUAUCUCAUGGACCCUCGUAUCCCUCCUGGGGUAGCUACUGGAGCCCCAGGAUCGUGGGUGAGGGAUGGGAGGGGUGUCUAGAAACCCUUCCAUGAGGGGUAAACCAUCUUCUAUGUCUAGAGAUGGUCAGUAGGGUCCACACUAGGGAUUUUGCUGUGAGGUCUCUCCUGCUGCCAUGCUGUCAUGUGGGGCUCCUAAGCUGGAGGGCUUAGAUCUGAGCCAGCCUCUUCAUAGCACAGGCAGGGGCAGUAGCGAGGGAGGUAGAGGGGGUAGGGUUCAGGUUCCUGCAUGCUGUGCGACCUUGGGCAAGUCCCUUGACUUCUCCGGCCUCUGCUUCUUCUUCUGUAAAAUGGGUAUAUUUAGAAUAAUACCCACAUUACAGGAUGGUUACUGAGGACCAAAGACAAAUGUGGAAAAGGAUUCUUGUCAGCUCUGAAAGGACUAGCAUAUGGUAGUUAUCAUUCUUCUCUAGGCUGGCCCAAGGUCACACAGCUCCUGAGUCCUAUAGCUGAGAUUUGAACCAGGUCUCCUGACUCUGAGGCCAGAGCCCUGUGUUCUACCUCAGUCACCUACCUUCCCAUGCUUAGAGAUGCCCCAGCUGACUCCCCACCUCUCCUACUCUGUUCCCAGCCCCAUCCUGGGGACCCUCUUCUCUGGGGCAGAGGGAGGUGUCCUGGUGAGGGCAAGGUGGCAGUAAGGAUACAGUCAAGUCUGGGACUCAGGACUCCAAAGGCUCACUCCCUCCUCCCAUUCUCACACUCAUUCAUACAUCCAUUCAUUCCACAAACAUUUAUGGAGGGCCCUGGACCCCCGCAGACACAGAGGCAACUGAGACGAGACCCUGCAGUGGGGUGGGAGGGAGUGGGGGUGUAAUGCACAAAUCUGUUCUAGAUUUGGAUGGGGGUGGGAGGAAAUGGGGGGAAGGGAGGGAGGUUUGUAACUUAUUGAUUGUAUUUUCUAAGAACUCUCAUUGUACUCUGGCUUCCCCCAAACACCCAGGCCUCUAGUUUGAGACGCAGUGUCCACGAUCUUACUCCAGCUGAAUCUUGGGGGGAGAACCCAGAUUUGAUCAACAGGGGGAAGGGCCAGUGGGCUCUGCAGAAUAUGGGCAUAAUCUAUUUUUUUUACAAAACAAAAAUAUAAAAAGAGCUGGAAGUGGUGAGAAAUGGUUGAAACUGAGAGUCAGGAGCUGGGGGCAGCUCCUGGGAGGCUCUUGGCGGGGGUGGGGGCAGCCCUGAAGGCUGACAGACAGCGGCCUCUCACCACUUCCCUGUGCUAUGCCUCGGAUUCCUCAUCAGGAAAAUGGGGAUGAUAAUGGUACCUACCUUGUAGGAUUGUCAUAAGGAUUAAAUGAGACAGUAAAGUGCAUAUGCUUAGCAUAGCCUGAUCUCAGGCCUCAGAGGAAGCGCAUAGACUUUAGCUGCUGGUGUGGUGAUGCUCACUGGGAUGGCCCCACCCCCUCCUUCCUGCUCCUUGAACACCCCUAAGGAAAGCGGGGGAAAAAAAGUCACCCACUCGGCUAGCACCCUUCCCCUUGAUGCUUGGUUAUAGGUUUUGCCAAUAAAUGCGUCUGUGGUGG